GGCCUUGAGGCUCAGCAAAUCCUUUCAGAGAAAUAUUUGAAAUAAAAGACAACAGAUAGGGGACGCAGUGAAGGCAGAGAGAGGCAGUAGGGCCAAUAGCCUCGGACAAGGGAAUCGGCACGAUCUGGCCCGUGUUUGCCGAUGAUAAUGCGCCUUUCCAAAGCCCUGAUAGACAUGGAGAUGGCCGAUUAUAGCGCGGCGCUGGACCCGGCGUACACCACCCUGGAGUUUGAGAACAUGCAGGUGCUGGCCAUGGGCAGCGCAGACACAUCUCCAUCAGAAGCAGCCAACCUCAACACCUCCAACAGCAUUGGGGUGAGUGCACUGUGUGCCAUCUGCGGGGACCGUGCCACAGGGAAGCACUACGGGGCUUCCAGCUGCGAUGGCUGCAAAGGCUUCUUCAGGAGGAGUGUGCGGAAGAACCACAUGUACUCCUGCAGGUUUAACAGGCAGUGUGUGGUAGACAAAGACAAAAGAAACCAGUGCCGAUACUGCAGGCUUAAGAAGUGCUUCCGAGCAGGGAUGAAGAAGGAAGCUGUACAAAAUGAACGGGACCGAAUCAGCACCCGAAGAUCAAGUUAUGAAGAUGGCAGCUUGCCCUCCAUCAACGUCUUACUGCAGGCAGAAGUCCUGGCACAACAGAUAUCAUCCCCAGUCCUUGUGAUGAACGGAGACAUCCGAGGGAAGAAGAUCGCCAACAUCGCCGAUGUGUGCGAGUCCAUGAAGCAGCAGCUGCUGGUGCUGGUGGAGUGGGCCAAGUACAUCCCUGCGUUCUGCGAGCUGCCCCUGGACGACCAGGUGGCACUGCUGCGGGCACAUGCAGGUGAACAUCUGUUACUGGGAGUUGCCAAGAGGUCCAUGGUGUUCAAGGAUGUCUUGCUGCUAGGGAAUGACCACAUCAUCCCGCGGAACUGCCCUGAGCUGGUAGAGGUGAACCGUGUGGCCAUCCGCAUCCUAGAUGAGCUGGUCCUCCCCUUCCAGGAGCUGCAGAUAGACGACAAUGAAUACGCCUGCUUGAAAGCCAUCAUCUUCUUCGACCCAGAUGCCAAAGGACUGAGCGAUCCCUCCAAGAUCAAGCGGAUGCGGUACCAGGUGCAGGUCAGCCUGGAGGACUACAUCAAUGACAGGCAAUACGACUCACGGGGCCGCUUUGGGGAGCUGCUGCUGCUGCUGCCCGUGCUGCAGAGCAUCACCUGGCAGAUGAUAGAGCAGAUCCAGUUUGUCAAGCUCUUUGGCAUGGCUAAGAUUGACAACUUGCUGCAGGAGAUGCUGCUGGGAGGUUCAUCAAGUGAAACGCCACAUGCUCACCACCCCUUGCAUCCUCAUCUGAUCCAGGAGAACCUGGGAACAAACGUCAUUGUGGCCAACACAAUGCCUCCUCAGAUGCACAAUGGGCAGAUGUCUACUCCAGAAACACCUCAGCCAUCUCCGCCUGCGGGUUCAGGGCCAGAGCAGUACAAGCUGCUGCCCGGAGCCAUUGCAACUGUGGCAAAACAGCCCACCUCCAUCCCACAGCCUGCCAUCACAAAGCAGGAGGUCAUCUAGCAGCCUGCAGAGCAGCUGGCCACAUUUAGAAGACCGUGUGGGAGAAAAGCCUGAGCAGACUCCGUCACUGUGAAAAAAGCCAUCCUGAGGACCUCGGGCACGAGCACACGGACUUGCUUAUCGGACUAGGCCACCACUACCAAAAGCUGUCUUCCUGCAGCUACAGACAGCACAUGCCACGGAGAGCCUCGAGUCACAGAGCUAAGACUGAAGCCUUACUGAAACCCACGUUCGUUGCAAGAAGGGCCAGACUGCUGCCUUUCCCAGUCGGGAGGCUGCAGUCCUGGUUGGGGACACUGCAGCUAGCUGUUCCGCCAUUGCUACCUCUCAGCAUCCAUUCAGUGUACACCAGACCCUGUGAACAAGUGAUCCUCCAAACCAGGAGGCUGUGCUGGGUGAAAGGAAAGGCUUCAUCCUCACAGCUGUGCCGGUUCCCCAGGCAGCCCCUGGGGCAGCCAAGCUUCACUGAGGUGGGAGCUGCCCCAGGAGCACUGCUGCAUCAAAGCGUGCUGGGGUUUGCCUGGCAGCACUGUCAGAACUGCUCCUCAGCCCAUCCCAGAUCUUUCCUCAGUCACUCUCCAACAAACCAAGCCCUCGGCCAGGUCUAACAAACCUUUCCAGCUGAUGCAGGGGCAAAGUCUGUCCCACCAAGAUUCUCCACUGUUGAGACCCUUCUGCUUUUGGAUGGGUUUUUCUGUUUCCUCACCUGGGGCUGCCCACACCAGGCCUCAGAAGCAGCCACUGCCAAACCUUUCACACUGCUGCCUUCUCACCACCCAUACAGAGCAGCUGCAGCCUGUGGGUUCAGGAAAUGUCACCCAGCGGGAUGGGGCCAGCCCUGCACAGGCUGGCUGUGGGCAGCACUGCUUGAAAUACCAGCAGGCCCAGUGCUGCUUCUGAGCAGCCAGAGGACCCCGUGGUGCUGGUUCAGAAGAAGCAGGGGCAGGACAUGUGAAAGGGAAAGAGCCUCACACAUGGGCUGCCUCAUGCCAGGGGAUUUGUGACCCAGUAGUUCAGUUCAGAGCCAGCCUAAUUCUGAGGUAUGUGUCCAGCUCAGUGCCACUCCCUUUGCAUUGAGUGAGUGGCUGAUAACAGAUUUACAGGGCUUCGUAACAGGAUAAGAAUUGAAUUCCUUGUGGCUCCUCCAGAUCUCAGAGGGUUUGGGAACAGUCACCUCAUAGCAGAACACUUCAAGUCCUGCUGUGAGGAUUGACAGAGAUCAGGGUCAGAUCCCUGCAGCCUGCACCAGCAGCACUGCCCUGGCUGUGCCCUCGUCUCCAGUCUGCCCCGUGCUUUUGUCUAAGGCCUGCCAGGGCUGCAGCCACACCAAUACGACCUUUGGUUUACAGCCGAAAUCAGCCAGCAGCCUUCCUGGAGCUCACACAGCAACUUCAGGCUUCCCUUCUCACUCAUUGCUGGCAGCACCGAGGCAGAGGUGCCAAGAAAACCUGGAAUGAACUGAAUGAAUGAAUGGCACUUUUCAUCAGAAGAGACUCGGCAGCAGAUGCCCCGCAUCUGUGCUCUGGAAAAUCCAGCAUGGAAGAAAACAAUCCUGGUUAUCGCUGGGGCAGCAGCAGAUGUAACCAUCCACAGACCGUGUUCCUGACGGUCCAUGCCCCGUGGUGGGCGCCCACAGCUGCCAAGGGGCCCGGAGAGGUCCCUGGGAUGGACCUGAGCUGGGCCAGAGGAGCUGCAGAUCCCUCCCUCGAUCGCCAAUGCAAAAAGGAACCGCCUCGCCUUGCGCUGGUGGCAUCCCGAGUGUUGUAUCAUCUCUCAGAGCUGGUGGCAUUAUACCCAGUAAUUUAUUGCAAUGAUGAAGCCAAUCAUUUUCUGUAAAUUAUUUUGUAAAUCACAUUGAUUAUUUAUAAUUGGGAAAUUAAAUGCAAAAAAACUUCACAA